AUGCCGUGGGGAGUGGGCUCCCAGGUUUCUCGCUCGGCCUCAAUCGGUCCCCGGCUGGGGCCAGGUCUGGCUGUGUCUGGUCCAGGAGGCGGUGACCGGCACUUCGGUGGCUCGUCCAGGGUUUCAGCCCGACUUUCUGGUGGCGUGGCCGACUUGGAACCGGAUGAACGUGCUCCUGUUUUCUUGGCUCCUUUGAGCCGUGCUGCUGGGGUGGUCCUGAUCCGCAGACUUUUGGCGAUAUGCUAUGAGAGCUAUCCGGCGGACCAACGGCCGGACUUGUCCCUCAUUGGCGUGCACAGUGCCAAGGUCACCUUCUUAUCCUUGGCUAAGCAGCUCUUGCUGGACGAAGCCUUGCGGCGAGAGCAAGGACACCACCGCCGCCGCCGGGUCACGCCAUGA